AGAAUCCUCAAAACGAUCUAGGGCUUGAAGUCGUUUGGGUCUCUCCCUCUCGCUCUCUACCGCGACGAAUCUCCUUCAAAAAAGAGCCGAUUCGAACUUCCCUUUGGACUUUUGCUGCCGUUUGCAGUCCAACCAUGCCGGGCGAAGAUGUGAGGUCUCGCAAAGAGAGAAUCUUAAGUGUAGCUAGAAAGGUUGUGGACAACGUAAACGCCAUGUCGUUUACAAAUUUAGAUGACCAACAAGUGCAUUCACUCAUGAUGAUGAGAGAAAUAGCACGUGGGAUUCUUUGUAACAGAGUUGAAAAGGUUUCCAUGAAUGAUGUGAAAAAGGCACUAUCCUCAAGUAUUGAGAAGAUGGUGGGUUCGUGCAAGGAUGUUAACAGUAUUUUGAGUAAGAUACCUUGUGAAGGUAUGGAUGAUGAGCAGGCUCGGUCAGUUUCACGUAUGAAAGAGAUUGCAUCAACAAUUGUUACUAGGCGUGCUAAAAUUAAAACCUCUCAGCAUCGUCAACCUGUUGAAUCAGUGGAUAGAGUUGAUGCAGAGACUGUGGAGAGCAAAGUGGGUGGGGCCUCGGCUACAAGCAACAAGGAUACGGAUAUUAAAAUGCUUCAAAGGAGAUUAUUUGAAAAUGAGGGGCCAGAAGCCGAAGCAGACACUAGAAAUGAAGAGGGUCGAAAUGAGAAUCAGGACAGCACUAUAGACGGGCUGUCGCACUCGGGCAAUGGUGAUGUCCAAGUUGGAGCAGAACAAGGUAUAACAGUUGUUGAUGGAGAAACAGACACAGUGCAGUCUGGACAGACAGAAGGACUGAUGUUUAAAGAUGUGCAAGUAGUGGUCGAUUCUGAGGUAAGUGCUGAAGAUGGUCGGAAUGAGAUGCAGGAAACCGUCUAUGAGACAUCUAAAGUUAGCAAUGAAGAUGGUCAGAAUGAGGUGAUAAAAUCAACCUUACUGUCACCCCUUCAGCUUUCUCUUAUAUGGCCUCCAGAUGGGAAAAUAACCUUGGAAUGGGUAAAGACUAUGAUGGAAAAACUUGAGCAGUCUUCAAAGGACCCACCAACAGAGUUUUGGUCUCUCAUGCCGAUUUCCGUGGUGGAUAAUUUAAUUGAUGCUGCUUCAAGUAUCCUAUCCAAGGAACCAAAUUGUGUAGAAGUUGACUGCUGUGGAGAAGAGUCAAAAGUUGUUGUAGUGGGUGAUGUUGAGGGACAUUUCCACGAUUUACUCAACAUUUUUAACCUUGCCGGAUUGCCCUCUGAGAACCAAUUUUAUGUGUUCAAUGGAAACUAUGUAGACAGGGGAGCAUGGGGCGUGGAGGUGUUUUUGGUCUUGCUAGCUUGGAAGGUAUUGAUGCCUAAUAGAGUUUAUCUCCUACGUGGAAAUCAUGAGACCAAAUUUUGUACAUUGAUGUAUGGCUUUGAGCAAGAAGUGAAGACCAAAUAUGGUGAUCAAGGUGAAAUGGUCUUUAAUAAAUGCUUGGAAUGCUUCAAAGAGCUUCCUCUGGCCUCAAUUAUAGCAGGUUGUGUAUAUACCACUCACGGAGGGCUUUUCAGAAGCACGCACAUUGGACCAUUGCGAAGGUCUAAGAGAAAGAGAGGACCGUUGCGAAGGUGUGAGAGAAAGAGAGCACAGAUUCUGGAGUUAGGUUCUCUAGAAGACUUGUCUAAAAUAAAUAGGUUUCUUAUAGAUGCUUCGUUAGAAGAUUUGAGUAUUUUGACUGAUAUCCUAUGGUCAGAUCCAUCAAAGGAAGAUGGUCUAUUUGAAAAUGCUGAUAGAAGAAUGGGCCUGUCAUGGGGUCCUGAUUGCACAGAGACUUUUUUAAAAGAAUCCAAAUUAAAGUUGAUCAUAAGAUCACAUCAAGGCCCUGAUGCGAGGGCUGGUCAGGAUGAGUUUGGAGACAUGUUAAAUGGGUACAGCUUGGAUCAUGAUGGCGAAUCAGGGAAAAUGUACACUUUGUUUAGUGCGCCAGAUUACCCACAGUUCGGUGAACCAAAGUAUAACAAUGAAGGGGCAUAUGCUGUGCUGAAGCCUCCAAAUUUUGAAACUCCAUCUUUCCAUUCCUUCAAAGCCGUAGAAAGGCCAAAGCUUACACUGUAUGGCUCAUCUUCAUCUCAAGUUAAUAUUCCUCCACGGAAGAGUGCUAAGGUCGAAUUUGAGGCAUUGGGCAUAUCUAAUCCUCCUUCUUGGAGUGUUCAGUUGGCCGAUAACUCAGGUGGCAGCCAAGUUGUCGAAGUUCCUAGGGCCCCUGUGGUUGAAGGACUGCCUCUGCCUUCAGACUUUUCGGAGGCUCACAAGGCUACGUUUAAGUAUCUCUUUGAGCUUGUUGCUGGUCUGAAACAUAUGCUUUCAACAAGACUGGUGAUUGAGAGUGGAGUACCCGUGUUGGCCAUAGAAGGGAGCGUUCCGAAAGAAAAUGAAGGGCAGAUGAUUGAGAGUGCAGUCUCCGUGUUGGCCAUAGAAGGGAGCGUUCCGAAUGAAAAUGGAGGGAGUGUUCUGAAUGAAAAUGAAGGGAGUGUUCUGAAUGAAAAUGAAGUUAGUCCUUGCAAUGAAAAAGAACCCAGUGUUCCGAAUGUAAGUGAAGGGAGUGUUCCGAAUGAAAACGAACGCAGUAUUCCGAAUGAAAACAAAUGCAGUAUUCCGAAUGAAAAUCAAGGGAGUGUUCCGAAUGACAACGAACUCGGUAUUCUGAAUGACAACGAACUCGGUAUUCUGAAUGAAAAUGAAGGGAGUGUUCUGAAAGACAACGAACACAGUGCUGUGAUUGAAAAUGAAGGAAGCGUUCUGAUUGAAAGUGAACACAGUGUACUGAUCGAAAGCGAACGCAGUGUACCGAAGGAAAACAAAGAGCAAGAAGACAACGACGUAGAGAUGAAGCCAAGUGAGGAAAAUGACGUAGAGAUGAAGCCGAGUGAAGACAACGCAGGAGAGAUGAAGCCAAGUGAAGACAAUGAUGUAGAGAUGAAGCCGAGUGAAGAUAACGAUGCAGAGAUGAAGCCGAGUGAAAAUGCAUAGCAUGCCAAGAUCUACUGGACUUGAGAAUUCAUUGCUAAUGACAUCCGAAGAAUUUUAUCUAUAUCUCGUCCACUUUGGUAACAGAAGAUUGAGCAGAGACAUAAUAAGCGCAUGCCAAGAAGUGAUUACUCUUUAUUAAUAGGUCAAAAUUGGCAUGCGAAUAUACCAGAGGCCCUGGCUGUUAGCAUGUUUUUCUUUUCAGGUAUACUAAUGUUAUUCAAAUUUGAAAUACUCGGAAGUAAUUGUUUUUUGUGUUUCAGUCAAUAAGCAACUAGUACUUAGUAGUUACACAAUUAUUUUUCU